CACUGUUUUUAGUCCGGGUAACUAUAUAGGGGAAAGGUCCCCGGGUACUUAGGCGGGGUGACACGAAAAGAUAGUAGCUAGCUAAUUUCACUACGGUUCACCUCUGGCAGUAAUCGUUCUUCUGGCUCCGUUCAUAAGAUUGUUUGGAGUUAGCAGAAAGAUAUCCUGACUGUAGUUAAUCCCUGAAGUAAAUAAAAUGGCAAAACAACCGCAACCUAUCAGCCCUGGGAAGAACUUCUUCGCAGGGGGAUUCGGUGGAGUCUGUCUGGUCUUCGCUGGACACCCUCUUGACACCAUAAAGGUCCGCUUGCAGACACAGCCCAAAGCUGUUCCUGGGCAGCCCCUUCAGUACUCCGGCACCUUCGAUUGCUUUAAGAAGACCUUUGUUAAAGAGGGAUUUCUGGGCUUAUAUAAAGGAAUGGCUGCUCCCAUCAUUGGAGUCACACCAAUGUUUGCCAUCUGUUUCUUUGGUUUCGGUCUUGGAAAGAAACUGCAACAGAAGCACCCGAAUGAUAUCCUCACGUAUCCUCAGCUGUUUGCUGCAGGAAUGUUAUCAGGGGUUUUCACUACGGCCAUCAUGGCUCCUGGAGAGCGAAUCAAGUGCCUGCUGCAGAUCCAGUCUGCUUCUAAGGAAGUGAAGUAUGCUGGGCCAAUGGAUUGUGUGAAGCAGCUGUACAGAGAGAGUGGCAUAAGAGGCGUUUACAAGGGAACCGCCCUCACCCUAAUGAGAGAUGUACCAGCCAGUGGCAUGUACUUCAUGAGUUACGAGUGGCUGAAAAACAUCCUCACUCCAGAGGGCCGCAGCCCCUCUGAGCUCAGUGUUCCUAGUAUUCUGUUUGCUGGAGGAAUGGCGGGAAUCUUCAACUGGGCUGUGGCCAUCCCCCCUGACGUGCUCAAGUCCCGCUUUCAAACAGCACCUGAGGGGAAGUAUCCCCAUGGCUUCCGGGACGUUCUGCGGGAACUUCUGAGGGAAGAGGGUGUGGCCUCCCUGUACAAGGGCUUCACUGCUGUAAUGCUGAGGGCAUUCCCAGCCAACGCAGCCUGCUUCCUAGGGUUUGAAGUUGCCAUGAAGUUCCUCAACUGGGCCUUACCGAACCUGUGACCCAACAUGCACCUCUCCGGAAGAGCUGGAAGCCGCACACAUUUAGAAGUGACACCCAGUGCACACGUGCAGUACAGACACGCAAUGCAUACACACAGCAUUGACACGCAUGGUCCAUGCAUACAUACAUAACUGACACAUGCAGUAUACACAUACAGAGCUGGCAGACAGUACCUGAAUUCACAGUGAUGGUGCACACAUGCAGAACUAACAAGCAUUCCCAACAUUCACAGUGCCAGUACACACAUACAACACUGACACAUGCAGUAGUAGAGUAGCAUACAAUAAACACAUCCGGUAAUGACAAGCUGUUAACUUGAGCCAGUACUGACACACACAGUGUGCACAGACCACAUUUCACAGCAAGCAGCAGAGAUGUACUCCCAACUGCAUUUCUACUCUGGAAUGAUCACUUUGUUUUGCAUUUUAUUUGAGAAGGAAUUUGUUUAAAAGCCAUAAAGAGAACUGCAACACGUGCCUUACUUUUCUGAAUGUCAGUCAGUCUAAGUAGGGAGCCAGUACCUUUCUGCGUGUGCGUGCGUGUGCAUGUGUGUGUGCGUAUGUGUGUGCAUAGGUGUGUGCGUACGUGUGUGUUUGUGUGUGUGUGUACGUGUGUGUGUGUGUGUGUGUGUGUGUGUGUAGUUAUAGUUAUCAUCAUUUACUGCAAAUCUUCACUGACCAAUUAAACAAGAACAUAAAUCUAAAUUGCUGGGGGAAAUCAUGAGAUUCAGUUGGUUCAGUAGAAUUUUAACCCACAUACCACCCAAAACUUGAAGUUUUGAGUAACAGCUGAUUCUAUGUUUAAAUAAUUUAUAAAUAAACAAGCUAAUGUACAUAAA